AUGCGAAAGCGGCGGUCGGGGCAGCGACCGGGGUCCGCGCACACGCCCACCAGCCGGCCUCGGCCUCGAACUCCGCCUUGUCCAGGAGGAAGACGGCGGGGGCCGGGCGUCUGCUUGGGCGCAAGGCCCGCGGCUGCCCACGCGGAGAGCACUUGCCCGACGCGGCGUCCAGCAGGCGGUUGUAAGCGCAGGCACUCGCGCUCGUCCUCCGAGCAGCGCACGCGCGUGCCCAGCAGCGAGUCCUUUGGCGCGGAAGAGGUGCGGCUCGGCGGGCGGGGGCGGAGGCGGGGCGGUGCGGCGCCGCCGCGGACAGCGCACGCCGCCACGAGGGCCACCAGCAGCAGCGCGGGCGAGCGGUGCGGCCGGGCCAUGGCAGAGGGCGCGGCGCGGCGCGUGCGACUCGUCUUCGCAGCGCGCGGCGGCCUCGGCGAUACAGCCCACAGAACAAAUCAAGCAGACGAACGUUUAAAUAUUCCUGCAAGUUUCCUGGCUAUUGUAGAGGCUACUAAGAGGAUUCCACUGAUCUCAAACAACUCCUUCCUUCUUUUUCUUCUUCAUGCUCUAUCAGCAACAAAGCUCUUGUCUGUUCAAAAUACAUCAAGGCAGAUGACACCACAUAUGUUGAUGGCCCUGCAUCAUGAGACAUGGUUGACGCCAACUGACUCUCAAGCAAUAUUUCUUGGGACUUCAUGUCAAGCUCUAAUUCAAUCGAGAUUUUUAAAUUUUGGUUCCAAAGAAAUGGUGCUUUUCUGUAUGGAGUUCAUGCACAUUGUCUCAAUUCCUGAUAUGCUGGGCCAAGUGUUCCAGUGGCAAAUUGUUUAA